GUAAGUAGCUGUCCCAUUACAUUGUACAGCAAGUCAGCCUAUCUGCAUUAAAUGUCAUGCUCUCAUGCAGUACCGUAAUAAUGUCGACCGGCCCAUCAGUACGUACAUUCAUCAAUUCUGAUCGAAUGAUUUUUGACCUGCAGAACACCCGCGCGCGGUCGCCAAGUUACUCCAGUUGACUUAUUAACUCGGUCGAGAUGAUCUAGCGGCUUCCUCGGGUGCAAGAAUAUCACUACGUUGCAUUAUUCAAGACACAGUUUCUCGUAUGUAUAUAAAGGCAUGGCGACUUUCCCUUUCCUACAACCCCCUUCACAAAAAUGGCCACUCGAACACUUCCAACUGCAACUGAAAUACUUGUCGUCGGCGGCGGACCCGCCGGAAGCUACGCUGCUGCUGCUUUAGCUCGAGAAGGCUUUGACGUCACUCUUCUCGAAGCUGCCAAGUUCCCUCGUUAUCAUAUUGGCGAGAGCUUGCUCCCGUCGAUCCGCCCCUUCUUGGCAUUUAUUGAUGCGGAAGAAACCAUCAAGAAUUACGGAUUCACAGUCAAGCCUGGUGCUGCGGUCAAGCUGAACCAGUUCAAACGAGAAGGAUAUACAGAUUUCAUUGCGCUGAACCCAGACAAUGGGUCUUGGAACGUGAUUCGGUCGGAGUUUGACGAUUUGCUAUUCCGUCAUGCUUCGAAGAGUGGCGCAAACGUGUUCGACAACAUAAGAGUCACCGAGUUUCAGUUCGAGGGCGAAAGACCUGUCUCAGCCAAUUGGAAGGAUGCCAACACUGGAACCGAGGGCCGUAUCUCUUUCAGCUACCUAGUCGAUGCAUCAGGAAAGAAAGGGGUCAUGUCCACAAAGUAUCUCAAGAACAGACGCUUUAAUCAGGCUCUCAACAAUGUCGCAUGUUGGGGGUACUGGGAUGGAACCGGGUCUUACAUGCCGGGUACCACUCGCCAGAAUGCUAUCUUUGUUGAAGCACUUGAAGACGAGUCUGGAUGGGCUUGGUUCAUUCCCCUUCACGAUGGAUCCACAUCUGUGGGAGUUGUGAUGGAUCAAGAGUCAAGCAAUCGCAAGAAGAAGGCUUCCCGUGCGGCCUCAGGAGGAUCCGGCUCAAACCUUCUGGCUCAUUACAAGCAAGAGCUUUUAAGCAAUGCUCCUGGAGUCCUUAAGUUGAUGGGAAAUGCCACCCUUCGAAACGAUGGUACACCGAUGGCUGUGAAAUCUGCAGGCGAUUUUAGCUACUCGACCCCCUCUUAUGCUGGGGAUCAUUACCGACUGGCUGGGGAUGCUGGAGCGUUCAUCGAUCCAUUCUUCUCCUCUGGCGUCCAUUUGGCUUUCACAGGUGGACUUUCGGCUGCUCUCACGAUUUCUGCGUCGAUCCGAGGACUCUGCAGCGAAGAUGAUGCCCAGCGUUGGCACACCUCAAAAAUCGCCACCUCUUACACGAGGUUCCUUCUUGUCGUCCUGGGCACCUACAAACAGAUCAGAAAUCAAUCUAUGCCGGUGAUGAGUGAUGUGGAUGAGGACAAUUUUGACAGAGCCUUUGAUCUCAUCAGGCCGGUGAUACAAGGAACAGCAGAUGUCGGUAAGGCCUUAACAGAAGACGAACUCCAGAAAACUAUGGACUUCUGUAGUCAUCUAUUCGCACCAACCGAUCCCGAGAUGCAUUCUGCGGUCAAAGCUAGACUGGAUCCUUCUCUAACAUCCCCAGACGCACCCGUCAUGACAGAGAGCGACAUCGAUCGCGUGCUUGGAGGUGCUGAUGAGGAAGCCAAGAUCGUUUUGAGCGAGAUCAACGCGCGGAAGCCCAUCCACACAAUGUACAACCCCACGGAGAACUUCGGUGUGGAGGAACACUUUGGUUUCAAAGCUGUCUUAGAGCGAGGUAGAUUGGGUUUGGUGACUAGCCAGACGGAGCUGUGAUAGACGCAUCGCUUACU